ACCAUCUUUCACUAGCCCUCUACCUUUACUUCACUUCUCUCUCUCUCUAUAAUAUUUCUCCAAAAAACUUUGUAAUAUGAAGAAGGGUAGCUUUUUUGUUGCAAUAUUCUUGGUCCUUUUUCUGAGUGAAUUGUUGGUGACAGAGGCAGUUACAUGCAGUGUCACGGAGCUGACUCCGUGUGCUGCGGCGAUCACGUCGCCGCAGGCACCCUCUUCGGCAUGUUGCGCUAAGUUGAGAGAGCAGAAACCUUGCCUUUGUGGAUACCUCAAGAAUCCAAACCUUAGGCCAUAUGUUAACUCUCCUAAUGCCCAGAGAGUUGCUAAAACUUGUGGAGUACCCACUCCCAGUUGUUAGAGUGGUGACUCAGAUUUGGCUUUAGGCCACUAAUUUCGUUGAGUUGCUACUGGUAAUUCAGAGGGAUCGGAAAAAGUCUUCGGUUUUCCACCCUCAUCGUAUGUUCUUAAAUUAAACACUAUUGUCUAUGUCUGUUAUGUUAUGUAAGCUGUACUCACUAAUAUAAUUUAUGUAUUCCUAAACCCAUCUAUUUCUAUUGAGGAAAUUAUGUAUUCGUUUACUGGCAUUUUUCCUACCUAAAUAAAAUGCUUGUUGUAUUUC